AUGCAAGGCCACCACAACGCCUCAGAGCGGACACCGCUGCUGCGUCCAGUGCAACCUUCGGACCGACCAAGCGAGUCAGCCUUGUACGAGAACGACAUUCAAGAUGCAGAGGUAGCACAGGGUGCUCUCACAGCACCUCAAUUUCCUGUAUUAGGCAAACAGAGAAGCUUUUCGAGUAGCCAUUGGCUUGCUCCUGAUCAAGAGGUUCCGCCAGAACAACCGGAUGAGCCAGGCGUAUUUGGCGAAGACGGGCUUCUAGCAGGCCUAUUAAGGGCGAAAUUCCGAUGCAUAAUCGGCGGCGUAUUUGCGGGAUACUUUAUAGCAAUGUUCGAUUCCACGCUCAUGGCAUCAAGUCAUCCCGUGAUAACAUCAUAUUUUAACGCUUCCAAUUCAGCAUCAUGGCUAUCGACUUCAUUUCUGCUAACAUCGACAUCUUUACAGCCUCUCUUUGGCAGAUUGUCCGAUACAUUUGGAAGACGCCUAUUGUACCUCUCCGGAGUAGCGUUUCUUGCAGUCACGACGGGAUGGUGUGCCCUCGCACAAAGUAUCGGAAGCUUUAUCGCUGCAAGAGCUUUCUGUGGCAUCGGUGCAGCAGCAGUUCUUUCCAUGGGCAAUAUCAUCAUCAAUGACCUUGUUAGCAUCCAGGUGCGGAGUACAUACCAAGCAUACAUCAACCUCUUCUACGGAAGCGGUUCGACCUUGGGCGCAGCGUUCGGAGGCUUCUUGUGCGAUAAAUUGGGAUGGAGACCGACCUUUGCCGUUCAAAUUCCAUUUUUGGUCGCCAUCUUUAUCAACGGGUACUUCACCACUCCUUCCACUCUUGGUCCCAACCUAGCUCAGCGAUCCGGUCAAGGUUUUAGAGACGCUCUGAGAGAUUUUGACAUUGCAGGCUCUAUCCUCCUAACCGGAUCAGUUGCUUUUCUAAUCGCAGGCCUCAAUCUCGGAGGCAACGUCUUCCCUUGGGAGCACCCCUUCGUCAUCGUCUCCCUCGUGGUCGCCUUGGUCUCCGGUGCAAUCCUUUUCCGCGUCGAACACAAGGCUGCAAGACCCGUCAUGCCAUUGUACCUUCUCUUCUCCCGUCCAAGAGGCUCUCUUGUCUUCAACAAUUUCCUCGCCAAUAUCGGAAUCAACGCCAUCAUCUUCAACGCACCGCUAUACUUCCAAGCUGUGAAGCUCGAAACCGCGUCGUUGUCCGGUUUCCGUCUCGCAGGACCCUCGCUCGCUCUUAUGAUAUGCGGCGUAUCUUCAGGCUUCAUCAUGACUGCUACAGGACGCAUGACAUGGCUCAUUGUCGUUGGGUCGCUCAGCAUGCUCCUUGGCGGCGUGCUGCUGUCUGUGAUGUGGGAUAACAUACCAACCUGGCUUGCGACGCUGUUCCUCGUGCCUGCGAGCUUAGGACAAGGUCUUAGCUAUCCGGCUACGAUGGUAGGCGUACUUGCGAUGAGUACACAGGACGAUCAGGCGGUGAUGACUAGUACGCUGAUUCUGUGGAGGCAGCUUGGGACGGUCAUGGGUGUCGCAUUGAGCAGCUUGGUACUACAGAAUGCGCUUACGGCGUACCUCGAUGCUCUCGUAACUGGAAAGCACAAGGAAGAGAUCAUUCUCACCGUCCGCAAAUCCGUGCGUUCCAUCCUCGACCUCGACUCCAAACACCAACACCAAGUGAUCGAUGCUUAUGGCCGCAGUCUGCGCGUCACCUUCAUCUCGGCGAUUGCCGUAUUCGUCGUAGUCAAUAUAUUGGUGCUAACGAUCAGACUGCCGAACUUGAAGCCCAAGAAGGGCGAUGCCGGCGGAGAGGACGAUGAGGCUGGACCGUGA